AUGCUAUCAGUGGAGCCUCCAACUAGCCAGGCAGUCUCAAAAAUGCUGCGUGAAAGGGAGGAAACAAAAGAGGAAGUCCUUCUCAACAUCAAGAAGGUGCAAAACAUAUACAAGAGGAAAGCAGAGAAACCCCUUGAAAAAAGGAUUUCUUCCUUCAAAGUCAAUGACCUGGUCAUGGUACAGAAUAGAAGGAAGAUGGGGAGGAAAGGCGGGCCCCUCGAACCCAAAUGGAGAGGACCAUAUGUAUUGGAGGAGAUUGACACAGAGAGAAAGACAGCAUCAGUGAGGAACAAAACAAGAAAGGAGACAAUAAACAUUGACUACAUCAAACAUUAUGUACAGCAGACCAAAUGUGAGGAGGGGCAGCAAGAGGAGGAGAGCGACAAGGAGACAGCGGAGAAUGGAGAGAUGGAGAAAGUGGAGGCGUGCGACCUGGAGACAGCAGAGAAUGGAGAGAUGAAGAAAGUGGCGGCAUGCAACCUGGAGACAGCAGAGAAUGGAGAGAUGAAGAAAAUGGAGGAGAGCGACCUGGAGACAGCAGAGAUUGGAGAGAUGAAGAAAGUGGAGGAGAGCGACCUGGAGACAGCAGAGAUUGGAGAGAUGAAGAAAGUGGAGGAGAGCGACCUGGAGACAGCAGAGAAUGGAGAGAUGAAGAAAGUGGAGGAGAGCGACCUGGAGACAGCAGAGAUUGGAGAGAUGAAGAAAGUGGAGGAGAGCGACCUGGAGACAGCAGAGAUUGGAGAGAUGAAGAAAGUGGAGGAGAGCGACCUGGAGACAGAGGAGAAUGGAGAGAUGAAGAAAGUGGAGGAGAGCGACACUGAGCGAAAAGAGGACAGCAUUGCAGCGAUGCUUGAAAAAUUGAAAAAAAAGAAAACACUUGAGACUGAAGGACUUUACAUGGGAAAGAUAGGACCAUACAAAAUCAUGCUCAUGGAUGUGUACUGCCUAGUGAAGCCAAGAGCAUGGCUGUUGGACCAGACAGUAAAUGCCCUGCUGCAUAUUGUGGUAGAAAAGGCAAGGUUAGAGACAGGACGCAACAUUCUACAUAUUGACUCUCACACAAUGAACAACAUCGUGAAUCCAAAUAGGACCCAUUCGAAAGGAACUGUCAACAAGAUUGGAAAUGCAGUGGCACAACAUGACAUUGUCAUCGGUGCAGUACAUGAGCCAUCUCACUGGACAAUUGUUGCUGUAUAUCCUGAGCGUGGCGAGGUCAUUUACAUGAACAGUUUUGGAGAACAAAAGCAUGUCAUGGCAAGAGUACUGGAUGGAUGGAGGAACUUUAUGCAAAAUGUGACGGAGAACAAAAAAAAAUGGAAAGUCAAGCAACUGCCCCAUCCAAUGCAGCAUGACUCGCACUCCUGUGGACUUUUUGUAGUGAAGUUUGCUGAACAUCUUCUCCUGGGCUCAGACAUGCACCUGGGGGAUGUUGAAAGCACCAGGCUGACUAUGGGGAGGGCUCUUCUCGCAAGUUCAGAGGAUAUCAGCAGACGCUGUGCCAUAUGCACGCUGCAGUGUGAUGGACGGGUCCAAUGCAACUGCCCACUGCCAAGGGCCUUCCAUGCGAAAUGCCUAGAGAAAGGCAUUGGAAUCUUCUGCGACCUCUGCAGCAUAAGGGGAGAUCAUCUACUGAGAAAGAGAAGGUCAGCAGUGUUCGACUUGGACAAGCCAUCAGAAACAGAGUCAGAUGACUUAUCAUUGCCUGACCUGACACCUUACACAGACGUCUUAUCAUUGCCUGACCUGACACCUAACACAGAUGACUUAUCAUUGCCUGACCUGACACCUAACACAGAUAAUGAAGAAGCAGACAACCUGAUUCCCACGCUAGUGGAGAUGGGGUUUAGGCCCAGUGAUGCGGCUGAGGCUGCAAAGAAGUCCAAAGAAAUCGGGGCCGCUAUUGAUUUUAUAGAGGACAGGUCAAGGAAAAGGACCACAUGUAUGUCUAACAAAAGAGCUGCAGCCAACAGAAAAAGAGCAAGAUCCUGUUCUUCAGAUACGUCAUCAGUUCAGGAAUCCCAGACACAUUCAACCCAGACACAACACAUGAAGAUGGAGCCUAAAGAUACUAGCCAACCCGAGAUGAAGAAGUUGCGGCAAGAGCCUUUUGUACUACAGAUAAAACAAAAAAGGGUCAAAGUGUGCAAGGGGUGUAAACAACAGUUUGGGGAACCCAGGGCCCCAGCUAAUGUUGUCAUUCAGCACAAGGACAACUACCCCUUCUUCGACAAAAAACAGGGGUCAUGGAGGGACAGCUGGGCGAAUGGGUACUUUCAUGCGAAUGUGGCAUGCAUCAAACCACGUUUCUCGGACUUCGAUCCACAGGGAGUUGCUGUGCCACCAGAAACAUUGAAGGACCUCACUGCAGCCCAUGUUAAGUAUUGCAGACAACAUGGAAUACUGUUGCCCUUGGGGGUCCUUCAUUGUUGAUCGUGGUCCAGUUUCUCCCUUUGGAAUGAAAUCUGAGAAUCAUGGUUUGAGCCACAUUUUCAUGGAAGAAAUGUUUGGCUUAGUGUACAUGACCCUUUUUUAUUUUAAUCUUGCAGCACAAACAGAUGCAUUGUGGGUGUAGUUGCCAAUUUACAUUUUGCACCACAGAAGUUAUACACUACCAAA